AUGACUCAUCACCAAUUGAAUCAUCAACAAUGUCCAAAUAAUCAAAAUGUUACACCUAUGGAAAGUGAAAAUGACAAUGAUUAUACAUUAGUUAAACAAAAAAAGAAAAAAAAGAUUGAUCUUGCACAAAAUCAAACAUCUUCGUCUUGCUCAUCAUCACCAACAACACCCACAAGUGGAUCUACUUCUUCAACAAAUUAA